CACUAGAAAGCAAGCAAGCUGCAGCAAAAUUUUCAUGUCUUCGGGAUGGGGAAGUUCGCUAGGAGAAGCGUGGGCCGGCUGACAUUGAAAGGAGCAUUGCGCCAGCGCAGAGAACAGCGCGACAGGCGCUUGUGACACCACGAAGCCGUCCGCUUCAACAAGCUUCAGCGAAGACGUUAGGGGAAAGGGGGGCGGGAUGAGUUGCGACACGCAAUGCCCCUGAAAGCGGAACGUGGCAGUGAUAUUUGGACAAAGGUGCGCGAUUGGAUUCAGACACGAACAAAAACGGAACAUAAGAAGGCUGAGUCAUAUAGGUAAGCGUUGUGCGGAAGCUUCUUGUUACACGACUCUGCGGCUGAUCUUGGCCUAAAGACACUGACAGUUUUGCAUUCAGCGCAUUUUUUUUUGGAGGUGUGUUUAUUUUUAAUUUAUUUGUUCUUUAUUUUUUUUAUUUUUUGCUACGUGCACACGUCGGCAUGGCGUGGCGUGCUGUGGCGCAAGCAUUGAACUUCAGAAGCGGAAAGGUAAGAAAUAAAGUAAGCGCGUUCGGAAGAGUCAAGACUGACUGCGUGCUUUUCGUGCUAGCCAAGGACACUCGCGAGAGAGCGCUUUGGUAUAUAACCAAAUUCACCGGGGCAAUCAACGCAGCUCUAUUCAGCCGUCUCUCGUCCGAGCCUUUGCGCGAUUCCUAGCUAGUCUGACUUCCUUGCUCUUUGUUUCUCGUAGAGAACAACUUAGGUCUCCCAAGAAGAUGAAGGUGUUGCUUCUGUGUGGGGUCAUCCUAGCCGGAGCUUUCCUUGCUGAGGCUUCUGGUGGAAGCGAGCUGUGCUCUUUGAGCAACGAAGAAUUCAAGGCAUUUUUGAAGUGCAUGGGAGAUCACGUCAACCCAGAGUUCAAGGCAACAGUAAAGGAAGUCAUCGGCGACAAGACGGACCGUGUGUACGACAUCUUUAAGAAGCAGUGCGAGGCUGGAGUGGACUUCGGCGCCGUGCUGACGACAGUGUUCUCGGAUCAAGUAGCGAGUUCCGUGAGAAGCGCCUACGCUCAAUGCAAGCCAGUUCAAAGUUGAAGUGCUUCACCAUAACCAACGAACCCGAAGACAAAGACUUCGGCAGUCCACAUGGUGGAGUCGUUGUAGUGCAAAUAAAACAGACACAAAAAAUACAAGACCAAACAUCAUGAGGUGCUGCGC